AUGUCCGCCGCGGACAACAAUCCCUCCCCAGCGGCGAGCCGUCAAAUAGAGACCGACGAUGACGACAUGGACUUUGAGGUGAGCAUCAACAUUCGAGGGGCGAUAUGCGGUGGCGAGAGAGGUGCUGAUGUGUUUGCAUGGCAGACGCAGAGUGAGAGUGUGACCGACGCAGACAACUAUGAGGAUGUCUCCGAGUAUGACGAGCAAGAAGACGAUGAAGCCGCCACUACACUCUACUUCGACGCCGAAGAGGGAACAUUACGAACGGCCAAUGGAGAUCAGAUUGAAAUCACAAUGGACGGCGACGCGGUCGAAGAGGAAGUAGAAGAUGACGACGAGGCAGAAGGAGGAGCAGCAGAAGGAGCAGAAGGCACCCAGACACCACAACCCGCGGCGCAACCUCAGCAGCGAGCACAAACCAUCACGAUAACCCAGCAACAGAUUCUCCAACUCCUUAGUCAGGCCGGCAUAAGAGGUGUCCUGCAGCCAGGUGGUGGAAUUCGAGGCGCUGCACGGCGUGGGCAGGCAGAGGUCGACGAAGAUGACGAUGAAGACGAAGAUGCAGAGGGAUACAGCUACGCAGGUUACGACAGACGACGCUUGAGGAGACGACGACCAUCCUUCGAGGGCGAUCGAUACCCACCGAUUCCAAACGAAAAGGGCAAAGAGCUGAUGGAGAGCGGUACAUUCGGUCACAAUGAUCGAUGCGAACACACUGCUUGUGGUAUGCCGUUCUCGGACGACACCAUGCGUAAGAGAAGACGGCUAUCAAGACGAAUGCUGGAUCGGGAGAUGGGCGUGGAGAAUCGAGGUCGUGCUCGCGCUCUCAACGGCCUAGCAUCCCAGACGCUCAUUCCUGGCUCCAAGGCAGAUCUCAUCAUCAAUCUCAACGCACGAUGCUACUCUGGCCAAUUCAGCGAGGAUGGUUCGUUCUUCUUCGCCUGUGGUCAAGACUUCAAAGUCCGCAUGUACGACACAUCGAAUCCUUAUGACUGGAAGUACUACAACACGGUCAACUACUACGGCGGCCAAUGGACGAUCACCGACGCAUCAUUAUCUCCCGACAACAAACUACUCGCCUACAGCAGUAUUCGCAGCCAAGUUUGCCUCGCCAAUACCGAAAAGGGAGACACCUCCGAUCCUCGACUUCUCGACUUUGCAGACAUGGGCUCUGGUAGAUCCGGAGCUACAGGCUGGGGUCGAAGUCGGGGACAUUUCGGAAUUUGGUCUUUGCGAUUCAGUGGUGAUGGGAGUGAGAUCGUCGCAGGUACCAGCGACCAGAGUGUUUAUGUUUACGACCUCGAAGCGCAACGCAGCAUACUGCGAAUACCCGGCCACAUGGACGACGUUAACGCGGUUUGUUUCGGCGACAAGAUGUCUCCUCACAUCCUCUACUCUGGCUCUGAUGACACUACCCUCAAAGUCUGGGAUCGGAGAUCACUCGCAUCGAUGCGUCCGGCGGGCAUGUUUCUCGGACACACAGAAGGACUGACAUAUAUCGACAGUAAAGGUGAUGGACGCUAUGUCAUCUCCAACGCCAAAGAUCAGACUUGCAAACUCUGGGACUUGCGGAAAAUGAUCAGUACCGACAAGGGCGAGAACAUCAAUCCUCAGGACUACACAACAAACUUCGAUUACCGCUUCUCCCCCUACGACACAAACGACCAUCGACCUCACCCACACGACUGCUCUCUCGUCACCUUCCGCGGCCACCGCGUCCUCAAGACGCUCAUCCGCUGCCACUUCUCUCCGCCCACCUCCACCGACCAACGCUACAUCUACUCCGGCUCCCACGACGGCAAAAUCUACGUCUGGAAUCUCGACGGCACGAAAGCGGGAGAGCCGAUCAACGUCCUCGCCGCGACCAAGAAUUCCCGCCCGGUCUCGGACGAACGCUUCGUCGAUCGCUAUGACUACUACGGCCGCGGCGGGGUGUGGAAGACGAUCGUCCGCGAUGCGAGUUGGCAUCCUCAUGCUCCCGUCAUCGCCGCCACGUCUUGGAAUGGAUGGGAUCAUGGACUUGGGACUUGUACUGUGCACUCCUGGAACGGCGGCGACGACGGCGAAAGCGUCGAUGAAAUUGGAGAGAUUCCCGCCGAAGGCGAUCAUCGAGAUGUGGAAGGUGGACGACUUGGUUCUGCUCCAAUGGGUGCCCGUGUUACCGCGCAACUGAGGCACGAUGCAAGAUUUUACGCAAGCGGAGUCGCGCAGGACGCGAGAAGCCAGAGGAGCCGAGGGGCGAGAAUGAUGGGUGGUUUGGGUGAUGGUGAUGAGGAUGAUGAGCUGGGAGAGGAUGACAUCGACCAAGGUUGGGAGUCUGCUUCCGACGACGAGGAGGAGGAAGAGGAUGAUGAGGAGGACGGAGGGGAGGAGAUGGAGUAUGAGGGUGUGGAUGAUGAUGGAGAUGUGGAAUUUGCGGAAGAGUAG